GGCUGAUGUUGACCUUCUCCUUGCCGUGAUGAGUCCUUCAGCUCCAUCGACGUUGCCUGCCCCGACAAAAACCCCGUGGGAUUACCAACAAGAUGCUGCUAUCAAAACUCAGAAGGAAAGUAAAGAAAUUAGUGGUCAGCGCGUGAAUUUGUUGUCCUUGGAUGGUGGUGGUAUCCGUGGCUUAGUGUUGAUACAGAUGCUCUCGGAGCUAGAGAGUAAAUUUGGUCCCGAAUUUCUUGCUUCAUUCGGCUGGCUAGCUGGUACGAGCACUGGCGCAAUCCUUGCGUUAGCUCUCAGUCAAGGCAAAACUAUUCCAUUCUGUCGAUCUAUGUAUUUUCGAAUGAAGGAUGAGAUCUUUCUUGGUGUUCGACCUUAUAACGCUGACACUUUGGACGCUUUCCUUAGAUCCGAGUUUGGCGAAAACACAACUAUGGCUGAUGUGACAAGUAAAAGGGUUAUGGUCACGACAUGUGUAGCAAAUGUUUGUCCUCCACAACUACAUCUUCUGCGCAGUUAUCAGCUGGAGGUUUCUGAAGAAGAAAAUGCUAAACUAGGUUUUAGUCCCCCGAAGAAUCAUUUUAUAAAGGAUACGGCUCGUGCCUCCAGCGCCGCACCCACAUAUUUUCCACCUUUUGACAAAAAAUACGUCGAUGGCGGAUUGCUUGCAAAUAAUCCCUGUCCACAGUUGCUUAUGGAUGUUCAGCUAGUGAAUACAAGCUUGAAAAUGGCGAAUAAAGAUGACCAGUGCUACCAUGUUGGUUGCGUACUUUCUUUGGGAACCGGCAGAGUACCCCAAGCCAUGGUCGAUUCUCUCGAGCUUACCGUCCCAAAAUCAUUUAUAGAAUUCGCCACUGGUUUUCAAGAUAAACUUUCUCUCAUCAGCCACCUGAAAAAUCUACUUCUUGAUCAGGUACGAAAAAUUCAUCCUACAAAAAGUUUAUGGACUUGGUUUUUUCCAUUCCAGAUAGGAAGAGCUGAUGGAGCAGCCGUUGACUGCUCUAGAGCUUGGAGUCAUUCCAUGUCCGUGCCGUUCUUCAGAUAUUCACCACAGCUAAGCUCAGCCAUUGACUUGGAUGAGACCGAUGAUAUUAAGUUGAUAAACAUCAUGUGGGGAACAAAGGUGAGGUGUUUUCCCGUUUUGGACUGCGGUACAAUUCGUAAAAUCUCUGUUCAGGUCUACAUGAAAGAAGAAAAUUCUUCAGUGGAGCAGCUAAUCGACCUGCUAAAAUCCUGCAAAAGGUAGCC